UGCCCUCGGCCCGAAAGGACCCACCCACCCCUCGUACACCGAUGUGUCAGCCACACCCCCUUCUCCCGAUCACUGCAGAACGGGGACGGCAUCGGGUUCCUAUCGUGAUCUAAUGGUAAAGGUCAGAGAAAGUCAGCCAACCCUUAAUCAGAGCUGGCUAUGAUUAAUCUAGAGUCAAAGUGAACCGGUCUGAGAAGAUACCAUGGAGAAGGUCUCCUAUCACCCCCAUUUCUCUGUUUCAACAGCGUUGACUCAUCCUCGUCAAAAGGGGUCAGCCCCAAGCAGUCUGAGGUGACUUCUAGCGCCCUGAAUGGCGAUAAAAAGUCAUGGUUGCACUAUACAGACGGUUCAAUAUAAACAUGGCUGCUCUGUAUGGAAGGGGACUCAUCAGACUUCGGUAUCAUUCAGAUGUAGAAAUAGAGGUGUAUGAAAUAGGUAAGGAAGUAGGCAUUUUUUGAUUGGUUCGAGAUCACCAGGACAAGGUCAUCAAAUGAUUUGAAGAAAUCAAGAGACAGGAAUGCCUUUGCAUCCUCAUGAGCAACGUAGGAGAAUAUUGUCGGAGUGGAGGUCACCCUUUACUCAUACGCUUCUCUAUGGCUCAAAGACCUCAUGAUGUUGUUACCAGGAGAAAAUCGAGUACAACAAUAUAUCUAUUUGGGACCCUUUGAUUAAUAACAUUGUUAAAUGAAAGACACUGCAGGACAAAUGAGGCACUCACCGUUUAUGCACAACCUGUCAUUUCAUAUCAAUACAUAGGCCUAUAUAUACAUUUCCAUCAUUGAGAGUGCAGUCGUUUUACAUGCUCCAUUGUUUAAUCAUUGCAUUGACUACUAGGUUAAUAAAGAAGAGUUGGAUAUUUAGAGGGGGAGGGGGGACAAAAAUGUAAAAAUGUGUCCCUAUGGUCAUUGUAUUUCGUUGUACCUGUUGAAUGAAUAAAAACAUAGAAAAUAAGUAGGGGCGUGUUGGUCUUUCUUUUUCUGUUGAUUUUUUUUACUUCUUAACUCUUUGGUAAUCCAAAAAUGUGUUCACACUCUGUCAACACGAGCUACAUUGCAAACAAACACACACACACACACACACACACACACACGCACGCACACGCACACAAGCAUACGCACACAAGUAUACGCACACGCACACACCUGACACGCCACAAUGACCCACCCAGUAAUGCUUCCCCACCAAGGCUGCUCGAUCGAUUUAUUCAUAACAGAUACGUGCCAUUUUGUUAUGUCUUUGAGCCGCGUCGUUACUCGUCGUUACUUUUUUAGGGACUCGGUUGUGUUCUGCGGUAGGCUACUUGCAUUGAGGAAGCACUGUGGUCCAAGAGCUAAGCUUUACACUUCCUCGUUCUCAUCAUUAUUGGGGUCUACAUCAUGGUCUACAUGCAGAGCUCAACUCAACAUUAUACCAGCCUCGUAGUGGUGAUGUGAUUGAUUUAGUUGUUGUUUUAACUAUUCACCUUACGGUUCUCUUCUGAGUGAUGUGCUGCAAUUCAACUUCAGAAAAAUAUGGUGAAAUUCGUUUGCUGAUGGAAUUUUUCCAUAGGCUUGAAGAAAUUAUAGUUUGCACAACAUCCGCAGGUUAAUCACUGUAAGGCUCGAAGAAUGCCUCGUUCUUUCCUGGUGAAGCGAAGGGACCCGAACCACCAGCGGGCCACUUUGAGAAGCUCUGGCCAGAGCAGUGCUGUCAUGACACUGUGCGAGUUGCGACAACCUAGGCGGCCCUGGGACAGCGCCUUGGAAAGCUCCUCAACAAUAAUGCACAGAGAUCACACUGGGAUCUGCUCCUCCUUGCUGCCAAAGCCCCACACUGCGUUACAGCCACUCGGCUCCAAGACAUCCAAUACUGACACCUGCAGUUCUGACAGUAGAUAUGAUUCAACUUCUGAUGGGAGCAACAGAUUAGCCCCGACCUCGCCAAUGGAGAAAACCUUUAGUUGCACAGUGUGCGGAAAGGUCUUCAAGCGUUCCUCCACUCUGUCCACGCAUCUGCUCAUCCACUCCGACGUCAGGCCCUACCCCUGCCAGUACUGUGGGAAGCGCUUCCACCAGAAGUCGGACAUGAAGAAGCACACCUUCGUCCACACUGGUGAGAAGCCGCAUGUAUGCCGUGUGUGUGGCAAGGCGUUUAGCCAGAGUUCCAACCUCAUCACGCACUGUCGCAAACACAACUGGGAGUGGCCCUACCAUUGCCCGUGCUGUACCUUUGGCUUCCAGACCAAGCUAGCGCUGAGACAGCACUGCUGCUCCCUUCGCUACAAGGGAAGACUAACUGACUGACUAACUCGCAGGAGGGAAGGUCGGUCAGGCAGGAAGGGGGAUUAGCAUGCUAUGAAUCGUAUUAGAAGUCAAGGGGAUCUUGCUCCAAAGGCCAACUGAAGCCAUACCACGAUAGCAUAGUAGGCUGCAGCAGGCCAAUGCAUAUCUUUUAAGCACGUAAUUAUUGUUAAUAGGAUCGAAUGUUGGGCCUUGGAGGUUAUGGUACGAUUGCGCUCCGCUCGCACUAGUCAAUGUAGGAGUUAGUUAGACUCAUGAGGUUCAUAAGCCCAUAUUUUCAUCAACAAGCAAUUUGUGACGCAUGGACUGUAUAAGUUACUAACAUAACAAUAUUUAUUUUUUCGAAACUUUAGUUUUUUGGUGUUUAACACAUUACCUUUUAAAUGUGGAUGAUGAUUGUUAUUGAUUUUUUUUAUGAUCCGGGGCUGAAAUGCCUUUCAUUCUUUGUUCUGAAGCCCAGAAUUCAUCAAAUGAAAACGAUUGAGGCCAACAAGAAUUGAAAAACAUUAUUCUGUCUAUGUGCGGGAAACAAAACAUUAUUUCCAUUAUAUCUAACUACUGCUUACAUAUUUGACAUGUAUAGAUGCCUUGAUAUGUAUAUGAUUGAGAAAGUGACUCUUUCAUAUUUGUUCAUUAAAUUGAGGUCGCUUAAGAAUCA